AGCCCACUAACUCGACAGGCUCUCCCAAGCUUCGAACAUGAAAACCAAGCCUACUAUUUUGGUUGCAUUACUUGUUCUUUGCGCACUAACAUGCACCGAUGGAGUCAACGAAGGUGACGGGCCUCAAUAUCUUUUGAAAGAUGCAGAAGCAAUGAAUGACGAACAGUUUGAAUCAAGCAUGGCGCACUUUCCCAGUGUGUACCUAAAAGAGCAGCCAAGGAAGGAGCUUGUGGUGAUGGAACGGGGUGCGCCACCCUGGCAGCCACACGCCAAACGACCAGGUGCAUCGCCAAACCCAUAUGCCCCACCCCACUUAGUCCCCGGAAAGAAACCAAAGAAAAAGAAAACGAAGAAGCCAAAGCGUACAGAAAGUACCACGAUGCCUACAGCGGUUUAAUUGUAGGCGCUUUUAUGGGCCAGAUGGAUUUUUUAGUAGUUUACUUAGGCAUAAGUGAAAUGGAAUUUCUCACAAAGAAUAAAGAUUUUUCUUGUA